AUGAGUUUUAAAGACAAUAUCCUUAAUGAGUUUGAUCCUCUUGCAAACAACAAUAAUGCUAGUCGUUCUUCUGACUCAGCUAGUAACAUUAAUGAACCUCACAAAGAAUCUAUUGAUGAUGAAAACAAGAAAACUAAUGAUGGCGGUCAUAUAAAACCUGUUGUAAAUAAAAAUAAUGUUAAAAAUACAAAUAAAGAUGAUAUAAACAUAUUAUCUGAUAUACCAGCAAUAAAUGCCGAAAGAGAAACAGAAACGGUAGUGUCGAAUAAUUUAAAAGAAAAACAUCAAUAUGGUGACAAUGACCGUGUAAACAAUGCUGAUCAUCUUCCAGUUGCUCAAAUUAACGAAACAAAGGAGGAAAUUGAUUCAAAUGAUAAUUACUAUGAUUUUCAAGAAUUUUUAGAGCAAUUCAAAAAACCGACUGCUGAACCUUUGGUGAAAUACACAAGAUCUUUUUUACAUAAUUUUUUAACUCAACGUUCAAUUUGGACAACGAAAGAACAAACAAAAUUAAUAAAUGAUUUCAAAGUGUUCAUUUUCGAUAAAUUUCUAAUCUAUGAACCUUUUAAAUCUAUGGAUAAGACAUCUUUGAAUAAUGCACAAGAAGGCAUUGAAAAAUUAAUUAUGGGUAAACUUUAUAACAAUUGUUAUUCACCUAAUUUGAAAAAGCUUUUAAAAAAUAAAUUAAUAAAAUUGGAUGAUGGACAUGAGCAGGAUCUGGAAGAUGAUCUAUUAAUAAAAAGAAAAUUUUCAGAAUUUGGCUUCAUUAAACCUACCUAUUUAGAUAUUUCCUUUAAGGAUGCUAAUAAGAAAAGUAACAUUAUCAUUGAUCGAUUCAUUAACAUUUCUGGCCAAGAACUUGACAAAAUAAAUAAAUUUAAGUCCCCAAGGGAUAAAAUUGUUUGCAUAUUAAAUUCAUGUAAAGUAAUUUUUAGUAUAUUAAAGCACAAUAAAUUAGAACAAAAUGGUGCAGAUUCAUUCAUACCUUUCUUAAUUUAUAGUCUACUGAAAAAUAAGAUUAUGAAUUUACCGUCAAAUUUGAAUUAUAUUGAAAGGUUUAGACAUGAAAAGUUCAUUAAAGGUGAAGCUUCGUAUUACUUCAGCAGCUUACAAGCUGCUGUAAAUUUUAUUAUGAAUAUGGACAAAUCUUCUUUAACUAUUGAUAAUGAAGAAGAGUUUGAUAAGUUGUAUCAAGAUAAUCAAGUGAAAUUAAAAUUAAUGACUGAAGAAAUUGAAAAAGAAAAAGAGCAUGUUGAAAAGGUUAGGUCACGUCAUAUUUCCCAAACAUCUCCAAGUGAGUAUAUAACAAAGCCGCUCGAUGAAGCUGCUAAUGCACUGGCAUUCAAAUUUAAUGAUCUCAUAUCUACUUUCUCUGAUCCAAUGCACACUCAUAAUACUGAGGUAAGUGAAAUUUCUGUCGAAAAUGCUAAUUCAGAAGAAUCGGAUGAUUUGGAUUAUAUUGUUGGAAUGAUAAAUGAUAAAGAAAAUAGACAUAUAUUAAAAAAUCUAACGUCAAUGUUUCCAGACAUGUUGCCAGAAAUUAUUGAAGACAUAUGUCUAGCUAAAAAAUAUAAUCUCGGCGAAUGUGUUGAUGCAUUAUUGUCAUUAUCAGAUUGA